AUGCCGCGGCGCCUGGCACCUAUCUGGCAGGUUUUGGUUCUCGUUGGAGCGAUAAUACUAAUUGGUUACUUUGUCUUCCCCACGACUUCUGAGUUCCCCGAGAGUGGCUCGCAGUGGCGCGCCCUGGAUCAUAGUACGGUCAGCCUCCCGGCGCCUGUGGACGAUGUGUUGGCCGAUGAGGAUAUUUUGAAGGCAUUGAAGCUUUCUUCUGGAUUCGAUUUUCGGAGACGAUGCUUCAAUGGUAUCACGCGGACCUCGCUGGCGAGUGUACCACAAUCACUUUUCGAGGUGCCUCCUAGUCGAGGGUUGAGUACGGACGACUCGUUGCCGCCAUGUCAGGAUAUGGUGCAUCUGGAUGUACCGGACUGGAGUCCCAAGACUAUCGUGGACACCAGCGCUCUUUUCUUCGGCAUGGCCACAACAUUGGCUCGAAUAGAUGCCAGUCUGCCAGCAAUCUCUCGGUGGCUUUCGCAUAGUGGCUCGCCGCUGGUAGUGUUGCUGGUCGACCAAGCGGAUCUGGAUUACGAGCGCGAUACGAUCAUCAGGGUACGCGGCGAGGCUGCAGAUUCUGGGAUUGAGAUGAUCUUCGAGCCUUACAAAGGCGAGUCGAAGAACACGGAAGGGCUGAAGAACUUUGCUUUGGCCGAAGUCCUCGAAGCACACCGUCGGCCCGAGACACAGUGGUUUGGCAUCAUUGACGAUGACACAUUCUUCAUCGCCCUACCGCAGAUGGUGAAAGCAUUGAAACCAUAUGACCCGGCCAAGGAGUGGUACAUUGGCGCGCUCACGGAAGGACUCUUCCGCAUCGCCCAAGAAGGCUUCAAGGCAUGGGGUGGCGCAGGCUUCUUCGUCAGUGCACCACUCAUGGAGAAACUCGCACGCAACUCGAACAGAUGUUACAAGCUGGAUCAAGGUUUUGGUGAUCUCUUGUGGCGUGACUGCAUACUGGAGGUCACAUCUCCGACCGUCAAGCUUACACAACUCGAUGGUCUCAACCAGAUCGACGUCUGGGGUGAUAUAUCUGGCUGGUAUGAGUCUGGCUGGGCUCCACUUCUUAGUGUUCACCACUGGAAAAGCUGGCACUUCCAUCCUAUCCCACUCGCCCACUCAGUCGCGGACGUAGCCGGGCCCGACACCUUCCUCCAACGCUACCAAUUCGACGACAGCAUCGUCAUGACUAACGGCUUCAGCAUCUCUGCCUACCCACACGGUCUGCCAGAUCUGAACCGCACGGAGCUCACAUUCUGGGAGGAAGUGAACAGGAAAGGCGACAAGCCUAACAGGCUGAUGUUCCAUCAUAGCCUUGGUGCUACGCGAGGAGCGCUGCAGCUUGGUAAAGAUAAGAUUCAGUGGUUGUUCGAGUAUGCGACUUAUGGUGCCGAUGGGAGCGUGAGGCAGUUCUACAUCAAUAAGGCUGUGAGGACGGGGACUGGGACGAGGGAUAGUGUCAUUGAGAUUGACUGGAGGCAGGGGUGA